GAUCAGCUAAUUAAGGGGGCAGCCAGGCGCCAGACAGAGGUCCAGAUGUGCCAGGCCGUCCUGCCUUGUCAUGCCAACCACCGCGGUGAUCUGGGUGCCGGGCAGCUAUUGAAGUGGAUGGACACCACUGCAUGCCUAGCAGGUGGGUUUCUCGUCCAGGAGGUGGUGUGGGAGAUGGAAGCCAUUCCCAGAACCAGCUUAUCCUUCAAUUUGUUCGUUGUAAGUUGGAAAAAUGUGAAGGCGCGACUGCAACUUUAAACUGAAGCUGUUUUUUUUUUUUUUUUAAACUGGAAAAUAGCUGCAUAUUGACUGAAAGUUAUAUAAAAGUUAUGCUAAUCGUAUGAUUGCUGAAGCAGAUUCAGGAGAGUUAUUGUGCUCUUUGUGGCACCCUUUCCUCUUUUUUGAGCUGCUCCAAUAACUCGUACAUGAUUAAAUGUCAAAUCGCGAGCAUUUGUCUUCACUGAAGUAGAACAAUAAUCAUAAUUCGAAAAGUCAACCAUUAUUCAAAGCCAGAAGUAAACACUGCAUCCCUACACACUCUGGGGCUGCACACGGUCUGUCUGGGAGGCUUUCAUAAGCAAUAUUAUUUUACUUGUUUGUUUUUAUGGAAUAAAGUUACAUAUAAGGACUGGUUGUAUACUGAAUAAUGAAAUAUUUUGAUAUACUUUGCCCUUUCCAGUUGUGCAAUACUUUUAGACAGUGCGCUAAAAUAGCUCAGGCUGCAGGUUGAAAUCCCAACAGAUACGGACUAUUUGAACAAUGUGGCCAGAACUCUGGGCAGGCCGAAAGCAGGCGGGCAGCGCAUCAUAAGCCAAACAUAACCCACAUGCGGUGCAUUCACAGAAUAGCGUCACAAGUAGCAUAGCUUAAUAAGCAUCUUGGCCCGCAAAGUAUAGAUCUCUGAAGCUCUUAUCAAGAACGGUAACCUUUGGAUGACUUUUUUUUCCAGCAAAAAGAAGCAGCACAGCUACCUUUCACCCAGGCCCAGACCCGGGCUUUCAUCACCUAGCAAAGAUAUAUUCACUUUCCAAUGGACCUUUCAGGCUGCAGGAGUCAUAAAUGAUUUACGUUUGUUCUCUCCUCUCACAGCAGUUCAUGCUAUCAGAGGUUUUCUCUACUGCAGCUGGAGAGAUAAAAUAUUGAUAAGGCGCUAAGCGCUAGCUGUUGGUAAACAGGCUCUUCACAUGAGGAGAGGGGGGGCAUCUUCUCAAAGGGAGUGGAGUUCAGUACAAGAAAAUUCACAUGACCCAAAUGGUGAAGACAUCCCAUUUUCCCAUUACCACAAUAUAUUUCUUUUUUUUUUUUUUUUGAAAAAAAAGGAACCGUAAGUUCACACUGUUAAAGUAUUAUAGCAAGCUUGAUUCUGUCUUCAUCUUUAGCAUAUAUUUUGCCUUCGCUGUUCAUUGGACAUCUUGGGAAAUGGAGAGGUUCUUGAUUGCUGUAUUAAUCUCGAUACUAAUUUUGAUUGGCUACAGCUGAACAAAGCCUUGUUCUCGUGUCUGUCAGUGAGUGUAGGUCAUGUUGCGUACAUGGAGUUUUGACUAGCGGGCAAACCACACCUAAUGUUGCCACCGGCUGUACCACUGAUGUGCUGCCAAUGUGACAGCUCUGUAAUGGAUAGAGCUGAGCCCUGUGAUGUCGAUGACAAAAGUCGACAACCCCUGUGCUGCAGAUCUGCCUGUCACAAGAUCAAAUGGUAGCAGAAAUGAUAUCUAUGUUUUCGCACAUGUAGGGGAUGAGGGAUUUUGUCAGGCAGCUGUAGCAAUGAAGACAAGAGCUGUUUUAUUCAGGAUCUGCUUUUUCCAGCAUCAGGAAAAAAAUGUAAUUAGCAUUAGCCCCUGAUUGCAUUCUGUAUUGUACAUAUUAAUGACACAAAGAGUUAAGUUAGUUGGUCGGACUAAGAUAGUGUCCAUGCAUUUUUGAAAACAUAAUAUUACUGUUAAAACCAUUAAUAACUAAAGUUGCAUUUUACAGUUAUUAAAGUUCCAGUUAUUUGAGUUGUGGGUAAAAUAACCAUAUAUACACUUCACAAGAAUGCAUGCAGCCGUGAAGUGUGGCAUUGCUUUAGAAUCCAUGGUAAGUUUAUAAUUCAUCUUCCGUACUAAACACAUCGCCACUUGGCUAGAACUACAGUGUCCUGCUUGUCUAAAAUCCCCUUACUUUCAUUUUCUAUUCAAAGAGUUGUCCGGUUUUAUUUCACCAUUAACACUAAUCUCUACAAUACGCUGUGAGUGAACACUGAUCUUAUGUGUAGCAUGUCGGCACCAGCUAUUCCAACUUCUCAUUCAUAAACAAGGCUAUGCCUUAGUCGGCCACUUCAUACCUGCUCCCAGACAUUUCUAUGUCACCCUGACUUCUCUUGCAGUUGACCUGAGCAGCUCUAGCAGGGCAGAAACUUGGCGAGCUGACUUGUCGGUAAGAUGGUGUCCUAUGCACCAAGUUGAAAGUCACGAACCUCUUCUGUAUGGCCGCCCGUUCUACUACUAUUGUUUGUUCCUGGAUAUUGCGUUGUCUGCGUGUUUAAUUAUACUCCUGUGACAGCCAUGGGUCUACAUAGCGACUACAUUUACCAAUUCCUCUAAUUAAUAGGGAAUUAUAUGCUAUAAGGUGUAAAAGCACCUAAAUGUCCAUCUUCCAUCAAGUUAUUUCAUAAGGGGCCUGUAGCCUAUUCAGCAUAACACUGGGGAUCACCUUGUAAAGGAUGUCAGUCCAUCACAGGACACACAUAUACUGAAACAUUACAGGCAAUUUUGAAACACCAACUUGUCCAACUGCAUGUCAUAACUACAUGAAAGGCGGAAUACCUGGAAUCCACAGGGAAAACACAAGAGGUGGUUCUGUGGUGCAGACGUCCUUAUGAGAGGCAUAUAACACAUAACAGCAUUAUAACGUACAACAGCAUUAUAACGUACAACAGCAUUAUAACGUAUAACAGCAUUAUAACGUACAACAGCAUUAUAACGUAUUGUCAGCAUUUCAGUACACAGUCACAAGUUGUUCUGACAUAUUGGAUGUACAAUUAGGCCCAAAAGUAUUUGCACCCAUGCCAAAUUUUGAUUCCUAGUGAAUUAUUAUUUAAUCGAUAUGUUUUGGAUGUGACAAAAGAAAGUAAGACAUUAUGCUAGAGAUAUAAAUGAUAUCUUUUUGUUAACAUUUACAAAAAAUGCCGUGUCCAACAUUCAUACUCCUUGAAAUUGCCGCAGAUUUUUGAGAAAAUGCGAGUUACUAUACCAAUCCAAAUGGUCCUGGUAAUUUCUACCAUGUUCCACUCUAAAGCUCGCCUAGCUUUGUCAAAUUAUUACAAGUUCAGUUUGUUGAAAGACAUUUCCACGUCUUGAUUGCCGGUUUGCGGAAUCCACGUUUACCGUUUUAUGUUUCUUUAGCUGAGAAGCAUGCUGGGAUAGCGUGCGUGACAGCCUCCAUGGAUGAUAUCCAGUUUGAAGAGACAGUGAGGGUUGGUCAAGUAAUAACCAUCAGAGCCAAAGUAAACCGAUCUUUCAAUACCAGCAUGGAGUAUCAUUCACAUUUCUUGCUUUCCUCAAUGUUCCCCAUUGAAGACUUGAAGCAAUUACAUUGUGCAAUUUGUGGGCAUUGAUUAGCAAAAAUAAUACAAAGAGAAUCAUUUACUGAAGCACUUCCAUCAGUAGCUGAAAUAGACUAGAAGAUGUGCAUAUGCAUGUCAUGCCUGAAAUGGACUGGAGGAUGUGCAUAUGCAUGUCAUACUUGAAAUGGACUGGAGGAUGUGCAUAUGCAUCUCGUACCUGAAAUGGACUGGAAAAUGUGCAUAUGAAUGUCAUACUUGAAAUGGACUGGAAGAUGUGCAUAUGCAUCUCGUACGUGAAAUGGACUGGAGGAUGUGCAUAUGCAUCUCAUACCUGAAAUGGACCGGAAGAUGUGCAUAUGCAUCUCGUACCUGAAAUGGACCGGAAGAUGUGCAUAUGCAUCUCGUACCUGAAAUGGACCGGAAGAUGUGCAUAUGCAUCUCGUACCUGAAAUGGACCGGAAGAUGUGCAUAUGCAUCUCGUACCUGAAAUGGACCGGAAGAUGUGCAUAUGCAUCUCAUACCUGAAAUGGACCGGAAGAUGUGCAUAUGCAUCUCGUACCUGAAAUGGACCGGAAGAUGUGCAUAUGCAUCUCGUACCUGAAAUGGACUGGAAAAUAUGCAUAUGAAUGUCAUACUUGAAAUGGACUGGAAGAUGUGCAUAUGCAUCUCGUACCUGAAAUGGACUGGAAGAUGUGCAUAUGCAUGUCAUACCUGAAAUGGACUAUCCCACCUCUGGUCGGCAUCCAUGUGUCGGUACAAGACGUGCUGAGCGGCAUGCAGAAGAAGGUCUGUUUGGCUUUCUCCACAUUCGUGGGCAAACCCACAGGAUCUAAGAAGGUGUGCCUGACACCGGUCAGUCCCCCCUUUUCUGCAGAGGAGCAGCUAGAGCAUUCGUUGGCAUCCGAAAGACGCAGACUCCGGCUGUACAACCAGGGGACCUUCGCCAAACUCAUGCAGGAAUACCACAUCCUAAAUAGCAAUGGACUCCACAGCAGAAAAGACAGCCUCCCCCCGAAGCCUACAGAGAUGACUCAGGUGGAGAGCAUCGAGCUGGUGCUGCCACCCAAUGCGAAUCACCACGGCAACACCUUUGGCGGGCAGAUUAUGUCAUGGAUGGAGAAUGUUGCCUCUGUUUCAGCCAGUCGCCUGUGUGGGACUUUCCCUACCCUGCGGGCCGUGGACAUGUUUAAAUUCCGGGGUCCGUCCACCGUGGGAGACAGGCUGGUGUUCAAGGCCAUGGUUAACAACGUCUUUGGAACGAGUGCAGAGGUGGGAGUGAAGGUGGAAGCUUAUAACUGCCAGGAGUGGAACCAGGGGAGACCGAGACACAUCAACAGUGCCUUCCUCAUCUACCACAUGGAUGAGGAACAGCAGCACUACUUCCCCAGAGUCACCUACACCACAAACGAUGGAGAGAGAAGACACCUUGCAGCCACAGUGAGGAGGAGAAUCCGCCUGGCCAGGAAGCAUCUCUUAUCUUGCAAAGACGAAGGGCCCCUGUCGGUUCCGUGGGAUAAAGGCAAUCAGGUCUACCUAGGCUAUAACAACGUAGCUACUCUCACCGUCUUGGCUGCAAAGAAAGACUGGCAAGCCAGCAGCAUCAGGAACAGGAUCACCGUGUCCGUGAACGACGACCAGGACUCUCUGUGUAUGAGGGUGGAGAUGGACGUCCACGCUCCAGCCCUCCAUGCCUUCUCCCUCCUGUCAGACCUCUGUCUGCGCCCGCAGUGGGACCAACACUAUCUGAGCUGCGAGGAGGUAGAGAAAGCAGAUGAGGAGGAGAGGGUGUACCAUGUGAAAUGUCCGCCCAUCAACGGCGAGUCCGGACGGGACUUUGUGUUUCUACUGUCCAAGAGACAGCCCUGCAAGGACGGUGACCCUUACAUCAUCGCCCUGAGGUCAGUCACAGUAACUGCUGUCCCUCCCCAGGAUGGAUAUAUAAGGAGCGAAACGCAGUGCGUCGGUUUCCUGAUCUGGAACAAAAACUGCACUGGCUGUAAGGUGUCUUACUACAACCAGGUGACCUUGGGCGUUCUGCCGUAUGUCGCGGGGAACCUCGCAGGCUGGUCCAGGUCCAUGGAGGACACGGCCUCGUCCUGCAUCGCUUUCCUGGAGAGGGAUGUGCUCCGAGUACCAACCCGCAUAUCAUGAAAUGUCCAGCGAAUAUAAGCUUCCCACAUGCGAGGGCAUUUGGGCUUUAACUGUAACUGCGUACUGAUGUAUAUUUGAAUGUCUAUGAAGUAUAAUGGUUAAAAAAUGUAUUUAAACAACGUGAUACGGCAUUUUAUAUGAGGGCUUUGUCUACAAAAAGUACAAUAUACUUGGCAAAAUGUGUACGAUCAGAUAUUCCGAUUCUCUGAAAUCAUGCCUUCAACAUUUAUCAUUAAUUGAUUUCGAAACGCUAUAAAUGCAUUCCUUGGCUGUAAGCUUAUUUGCUGAUGUAUAAAUGUAAAUUGUACAUACAAAUACUUCAUGUACUGUAAAUGUUGUCACCCUGGCUAUUGAAAUGUUUCCCUAUAAUAGAAAACGCAAUUUACAAAAUGUACAUUUAUGUAUGUAUUUUAAUAAAUGUCACCACAUCUGUUUUA